AAUAAUUUUUUAUGGCAGUAUUGUUGCAUUAUCCUUUUUUCUCUAUUAGUUAACACUUAUUAGAAAACUAUUUUUGUUGAUAAACGUUGUGGACUUCAUCUUGGUUUAAUUCUUAGCUUGUAGUAAUUUUUUACUUCAUUUAAUUUAGUGAAUCCUAAUUAUGGCACCGUUUGAGCAGUCGGAAUUACAAGAUGGAGAAAUUUAUAAUUUUCAAUUAGUGGAAUUUAUUGCAUCUCAUGGCUCGAAACCUAAAAAACAGCGAUCACUGGAUUCAUGCCCCCUCCUUACGACGAAGAGAACAUCAAUCUUUUAUACUCUCUUAUCGAAAGUGAAGCCUUAGCACCAGAAGGUUGGCCGACAUAUCCAGUGAAAAUUAGAGGACAUGCCAAUAAAGACUUAUAGUGACGCUGUAAAACGAUUAAAAGUCCUAGAGAAUAAGGAUUAUGCUUUCACAGAAAAUGAGGGCCAGGAUAUUAAGGCAAAAUCCAUUGAAAAUAAAUAUAGAAGAAAUAAUCUCACACUGAGUCAAGCAACUGCUAAAGUAAUGAAAGUGUCGGGUAUUGAAUCAGACCCAGAAUAUGAUCAGCUUGAACAGAGUACUGAUGAGCAAGAUAACAGUAGUUCAGACGAUGCGUCCAUUUCUGCAAACCGCAAAAAGAAUAUGUUACAGAAUCCUAAAGUUAAAUCCAAAAUUAAAGGAGCUACUACAUCAUCGGCAAAGAGAAACAUCAAAUCUAGCAAACAUUCAUCUGUGGUUUCAGGUAAUACCAUUUCAACUGUUAAGAAUAAAUCAACCACUCAUCCGAAUCCAACUUCUAGUUCUGCUGUUGAUAAAAUUAAACAUACUAUACAAAGUUAAGUGGAUAUUAAUAGAUUAAUAGAUUAAUAGAUUCUAAAAAUGAUAAAGUCAAUAGAAGAGAAAGUCAUAAUGCUCGUAAAAAUGAUUUCUUCCUUGAACGUUUUCUUGGAUCGUGAACUUAAUUUAGGGAAAAGUUGUACGACCGUUUAUCGAAA